AUGAAGAUGGCCCACGGCCAGAGGAGGAGGUCACAGAAAAGGUCUGCCCAGAACUACACUAUUUUGGGUACGCCGAGAGAGAUUCCAUUUCCCGGGCUGGUGUCGUGUCACUCAUUGGCAUAUCCUUACCUGCUUUUCUUAUGCCACAGUGUGGCAUAUGGGAGCAAGUUAUUAAUUAUGGACUUAAUAAGUGAGGAGCAAGAUGGAGUGAGAGCCAUUGCGGUUUGUCACAUGGACACGGCAAAUUGGGAUGCCCAUCACGUGGCAUUUCAGGUGCUUGGGGUACAAUCGGGUUCCUCCGAAGUGUGCCACUUCUUGCCGAAAACUGAUGUGGUUUAUGUUCCUGUUCUGAAUCAUGAAACUGGGUAA